CUCAGUGAAGUUAGUCUUGCGUGAAUCGCGGGAGGAGAAGUUUUGUUACGAUACAUUGAUAUUCAGUGACAUUGUGUUCAAAUAAUCGGCGCAAAAAUGUUACUAUAUCUAGCAAUAAUAGCACUAACUCUUGCUGUACUCUGGAUUCGGAGACGGUAUUCCUACUGGAAGGAUCGGAGGGUGGCAUACGUGCCACCCACCUUCCCCGCUGGGAAUCUUCGUGGGAUGGGCCGUAAGGAACACCUUUCGGCCAUGAUGGAACGCUGCUACCGGAAACUGAAAGGAAGCGGUCCUUUCGGAGGAAUUUUCUUCUUCACCAACCCGGUGGCAAUCGCUUUGGAACUCGAUUUUGUGAAGAAUGUGCUAGUGAAGGAUUUUCAGUUCUUCCACGAUCGAUCUGUUUAUCAUAACGAGGAAGACGAUCCACUCUCCGGUAAUUUAUUUGCGAUGGAAGGAGCCAAGUGGAAGAAUUUGCGGGCCAAAUUAACCCCGACGUUUACAUCUGGUAAAAUGAAAAUGAUGUUCCCAACCAUUAUUGCGGUGGCCGAGGAAUUCGAAAAACUUCUUACUCAAGAAAUCGCGAGAGGGAGUGAAAUUGAAAUGAAGGAGAUCCUUGCAAGAUUUACCACCGACGUGAUUGGAAGUUGUGCUUUCGGUCUGGAAUGCAAUAGUUUACACGACCCGGACGCUCAGUUCAGAAAAAUGGGGAAGAAAGCUUUCGACGCUGGAUUUUUCAGGUUUUUCAAAAUUAUCGCGGCUCAACAGUUCCGUACAGUUGCUCGUGCUUUACAUGUGACCACGACCGACCCUACUGUAUCUAAUUUCUUCACGGGUGCUGUGAAAGACACUGUUGAAUAUCGUGAGAAACAUAAAAUCGAGCGAAAUGACUUCAUGAACUUGCUUAUCAAGCUGAAGAAUAUGGAGACAUUAGAUGAGGAUGACGCCAAUAACAUGGGAGCUUUAACACUCGAGGAGAUUUCUGCACAGGCAUUUGUGUUCUUUCUGGCCGGGUUUGAAACCUCCUCCACGGCAAUGUCUUACUGUUUGUACGAGCUUGCAGUCAAUCAAGAACUACAAGAAAAGGCACGAAAAGAUGUGCUGGAAUCGCUGAAAAAAUACGGGUCCAUGACCUACGAUGCAGUGCAAGAUAUGCAUUACGUAGACAACUGUAUCAGCGAGUCUCUGCGGAAGUAUCCACCAGUAUCUAAUCUUACACGCAGCGUCUCAAAGGCCUACCAAGUGCCAAACACAAACUGCGUUCUUGAGAAGGGGUUGACUGUGAUUGUUCCUGUGUACGGUCUUCAUCAUGAUCCCGAGUAUUAUCCCGACCCGGAAAAAUACGAUCCGGACCGAUUCUCGCCAGAGGAAGUGGCCAAGCGAAACCCCUACUGUUAUAUUCCGUUUGGCGAAGGACCACGAAUCUGUAUCGGAAUGCGGUUUGGACUGAUGCAGGCCCGUGUCGGGAUGGCGUACAUGCUGAAAAACUUCCGGUUUACCCUGUCCAGCAAAACGCCGGUUCCAUUGAAAAUUUCCAGUAACAGUUUAGUUCUUACAUCGGAGGGUGGCCUCUGGCUGCGCGUUGAAAGGUUAUAAAAUAGUGCUAUGAUGUGAUAUGCGAUAAAGGAGGCAAUUAUAUUGUGCACAUCGAAUGUAAACAAGCUGGUUUUGCAUCAGUGUAAGAUUACGGGGGAUGGGAUUUGUAAUUAUUAAUCUAGUGAGAAGAACAAUUACGUCAGCUGAUGCAUACGAGCUGAUAAAGCGUCGUAGUUAAUCAUAGAAACAAACGAAUUUGGUUAUAUGAAUUGUACGGAUAUUCAAAAAGUAGAAUAAUCUAACCAAAGAAAUGUAUCAAUAGAAUUGGUUGGGUAAAAUUACAACAAAUUUGCAGCAAUUGACAAAUUA